CUGAGCUGCAUGGAACUGGACCUAAAGGAGCGGAGACAGAGAUUCUUGGAAGAGGGGAAGGGGAGUGGGGGAACUACAGGAGAGGACGGGAGAGAGGUGUCAGAACAAGGAGGAGAGGAGGAGGAAGAGUGUGAGGUAGAGUUGGACUCAGGACUGUGUGUAAAGGGGGAGUCAGAGCGGAGUGUAGGACAGAUGGGGCUAGACUCAGGGGAACGAAUAGAGGGACAGAAGGAGCAGGAGGAUCAUUGGCUUAACAUGGAGGGACAGCUAGAGUGUUUACCUGGACGUCAGGGAGAGUUAGAGUUAGGUUUGGACUCAAGGUUGACAGGGGAGAGCAUGGAGGAAUCACACAUGAAGGAACUAUCAGAUGUAUAUUCAUGGGAAAAGAUGAAGAGAGGGACAGAGAUAGAUAAAAGGGUAGAGGUAGAGGGGGAGAGGGAGAGGGUGGAAACUCUCAUAUGGAAGGGAGGAGAGACUGAGGACAAAAGUAUGGAGGAAGAGUUGAAGUUGUGUUUAAGGCCGGUGAUGGAGAAAAGAGGGAUGUCUGUUCGUAUUUCCCUGGAGGAGGUGGAGAGAUACUACCGUUUCUCCCGUUGCUGCUACUGGCUACAAAAUGAGAUCAUGCAGCAGGAGAGCAGUCCCCUCUGUGCCAUCGACAUCACCCCUGACCUCAGGAAGCAGUUUGCCUACCUCUCAGGGGGCCGAGGGCAGAACGGCAGCCCCAUCAUUGUGUUCCCAGAGUUUCCUGCAUUCGGAGAAAUCCAGGAGAGGGAGUUCCACAACGUGCUCACAUACCUGACCAGCAUCCCCAGUCUGUCUGCGGCAGGAGUGGGUUUUAUCCUGGUCAUUGACCGGCGGCAGGACCGAUGGGCGGCCGUCAAGGGGACCCUGCUCCGCAUUGCAGGUUCGUUCCCAGGGAACCUGCAGUUAGUUCUGGUAUUGAGGCCCACCACCUUAUUCCAGAGGACACUCUCAGACAUCUUGUUCAAGUUCAACAAGGAUGAGUUCAAGAUGAAGGUGCCGAUGAUUAUGCUGAGUUCUGUGACUGAGCUCCACUCCUACAUAGACCGGACACAACUGACUACUGAGCUGGGAGGAACCCAGGAGUACUGCCACGAGAAGUGGAUCUCACACCGCACCGCCAUUGAGGGCUUUGCUCUGAUGGUAAAGAGAACAGCUCAGAUCCUGCAGUCGUUUGGGACAGAGCUAGCAGAGACCGAACUACCCAAUGACAUCCAGGCUACCAGCAACCUACUGGGGACACACAUCAACAAGAAGAGCAAGAUGAAGGAGGAUCUGCUGGUGGCUUUAGGACAGGGCAGCAGACUGUUGGAGAGUAUUAAUGAGCCAGUGGUCAGAGACCCAGACCACAACAUGAACCAGGACGAACUGGAGAACCUGGCCACCGUACAGAGACUGCUUUCCCAGUUGAAUGAGACAGAACGGGCUUUUGAUGAGUUCUGGGAGAGACAUAAGACCAAGCUGGAGCAAUGUCUGCUACUCCGUCACUUUGAACACAACUACAGAGAGGUAAGGUGUCUGCUGGACCAGGUGGCACAGAGAUUGACAGCUUUCUCGGAGGUGGGGAUAAGCCCCGCCCACGCUGAUCACAUCUUCCGCGAGCUGAGCAGCCACGAGGAGAGAGUCUGUGAGGUACUGGACCGAGCCCAGGCUCUGGCCCGUGAGGGUGACGAGUUGAUUCAGAACACCCACUAUGCUGAGGACUCCAUCCAGCCCAAAUGCAUUGAGCUCCGAACCGUGAACGAGGAACUGAGCACUUACCUGAGAGCAAAGAAAGACCACUUACUCAGAGCUAUAGAGCUGCACCACAGCCUGGAGAGGGCUGCUAAGUGGUGUGAUGAUGGCAUCUACCUGCUGGCCUCUCAGCCCGUGGACAAGUGUCAGUCACAUGACGGGGCGGAGUCAGCGCUGCAGGAGAUUGAGCGUUACCUGGAUACAGCAGGACAGAACAAACUGACUGAUCCUAGUGCCAUCUGCAGGGACUACGAAACAGUGCUCAACCUGGAGUUCAGAGACCAAGUGGAGAAGGUGUUCCAGAAGCAGGUCUCCAUGCAGGAGAUGUUUGAGAAGAGGAGGGUCAGUCUGAAGAAGCUGGCAGCCAAACACACCAGGCCAGUCCAGCCUGUGGCCCCAAGGCCUGAAGCCAUCAAGUCCCCACUGUCCUCGCCAGCAAAGAGAGUGCUGGAGAAGAGCUGCACAGAGGGAGACACUGUGAAUAGGGUCAGCUGUAGAAAAGUGGAGGGCCAGCUACAGAGCAACAGAAGUGCCUCUAUGUCAGAGGAGGACGAGAACCUGGCCAUCCUCAGAAAACAUGUAAUGAAUGAGCUGCUGGAGACAGAGAGGGCAUACGUGGAGGAACUGCUCUGUGUUCUACAGGGCUAUGCCUCAGAGAUGGACAACCCAUCCAUGGCCAGUCUUAUGCCCAUUCCUCUGCAAAACAAGAAAGAUGUGCUGUUUGGCAACAUGCCAGAGAUCUACCACUUCCACAAGAGGACCUUUCUGAGGGAGUUGGAAGAGUACGAAGACUGCCCGGAACUUGUGGGUCGGUGUUUUCUGGAGAGGAUGACAGACCUGCAGAUCUAUGAGAAGUAUUGUCAGAAUAAACCUCGCUCUGAGAGCUUGUGGAGACAGUGCUCCGACUGCUCCUUCUUCCAGGAGUGUCAGAAGAAGCUGGAACAUAAACUGGGCUUGGACUCCUAUCUCCUGAAACCGGUCCAGAGGAUCACCAAAUACCAGCUCCUGUUGAAGGAGCUGCUGAAGUACAGUAAGGGCUGUGAGGGGUCAGAAGACCUGCAGGAGGCGCUCACCUCCAUCCUGGGCAUCCUGAAGGCCGUCAACGACUCCAUGCACCUCAUCGCUAUCACUGGAUACGAUGGUAACAUGGGCGACCUGGGACGGCUGCUGAUGCAGGGGUCAUUCAGUGUGUGGACAGAACACAAGAAAGGUCAUGCCAAGGUCAAGGACCUGGCCCGCUUUAAGCCCAUGCAGAGACACCUGUUCCUGCAUGAGAAGGCCCUGCUCUUCUGUAAGAGACGGGAGGAGAACGGGGAGGGCUACGAGAAAGCCCCCUCCUACAGCUUCAAACAGUCCCUCAACAUGAGUGCUGUGGGCAUCACUGAGAACGCCAAAGGUGACAACAAGAAGUUUGAGGUCUGGUGCAACUCACGGGAGGAGGUGUACAUUGUUCAGGCCUCAACGUCUGAGGUAAAAACAAUGUGGGUGAAGGAGAUCCGGAAGGUUCUGACAACGCAGCUGGAAGCCUACAGAGAAGCCAGUCAACAGAGGCCGUCAGACGGACUGUUCCAGUUCCCCUCUUGUGCUGGAGCACCUGUCAGCCUCAGUCCAUUUAGAAGAGGGGAGAGGAGCAUGAAGGAGAAGGGAGAACCCAGCAGCCCUGACGCUAACUCCUGCUCCUUCCCAAAGACCAAAGAAGCAGCGACUAGUCCUACCUCAGACAGAGCAGCUGUGGCUAAAAAGCGUUUUACCUUGCAGGGCUUCAGCAACUUCAACAAAGACCUCUCGCCUCCUGACAAUAAAAGCUUAACUUUACCCAGGAUUCCCUUCUCUCCAUCAGGAUCUCCCACAAGCCCUGACCAUAAAACCAAACGUCAUGAGAUAAAGAGUGAUCCUACUCCGUUCGGCUUUAAAGGAUGGACCAAGGGCUCUCUCUCAUUGGACGCCAAUGAGGAGAAUGAUGGCUACUCUAGCCCCGAAGAGCCCCUGAACUCAGACCCUGAGGACGAGGAGGGAAAGAAACUAUGUGCAGGGAAGUACACAGUGGUGUCUGACUAUGAGAAGGGAGAAGGCCAGGACCUGUCAGUCAAGAGUGGUGAAACGGUGCAGCUGAUCAAGGAGGGAGAUGAUGGACAGUGGUUUGUGAAGAACUUGAAGACCAAGCAGGAGGGCUGGGUGGCUGCAGCCAACAUUCUCACCCUGAUUGGAGAGUCCAAGUCCUGCCAGUCUCUCACCAGCUCCGAGGGCAGUGGCUCAGGGAACCUCAGCACUUCAUCCAGCUGCUGUGAGACUUACACCAGCUUCUCUGACAUCAAGCCCUGAACCCUGCACCCUUCACUGGCCCCAUCACGCCACCCCAGACCCUUUCUCUCCAGAUCCCAACCCAACAGCACCAGCUGGUGGCUCCCCCAGCAAGACAGCACUUUCUCCCCCCACCCUAAACACAACUUCACCCACCUUACCCAGAGGCAAGCCCAUCUAUUAGGAUACUGGUCAGAAGCUUCAAGAAGAUGCCAACAAUAGACUUCAUCAGAUAUCAUUGACUAGAGAAUGGGCUCCAGCGCCCUUGUGUAGUUGAAGAGAUGUAGUGUAGGUGGGCAGCAGCUACCCAUAGACACUAAUCUUAGGUCAGUUUGGCACUUUUGCAUGUAUCCUUCAUAAAAUUGUCAAGGUUAGGAUUGGGGAUUACCACAGUAUUAGUAGCACUAUUAGUAGCACUAACAGACAAAAUGCUAUGGACAAGAUGGAACCUGACAUAACCCAUAGAAAUAUAAUACCAUUUUGUUAUGAAUUCUAAUUCAAGGUUAACCUAAUCAGGUGUCACUGAUAUAGCGACCCCAUCUGGCAUAGAUUGGUGGAUAUGGAUCUGGUUGAGCCCUUUUUGUUGUACUGUAAGCCUAUAAGUAAGUUACUGUAAGUUACAAUGCUGUUGGUCUGCAUCAUGGUCCCCUUGAUUGUCUACAAAUAGACAAGACUGUAUUUUUUUUAAAUAUAAAAUUAUUGUAAAUAAGAAAGAUUAUGAUUGAAAAGUAUACCAUGUGUAGCUUUUCAGAUUGUUGCUCUAAGUUCUACCAGUCACCUCAACUGGUGGCCAUAUAAGUAACCAAUAUGACCUUUUGUAGGCCUGUGACUAUCUUAUUGCCUCUUGGAGAGUGAGGAGUUACUGUUUAUUUGAAAACAGAGGGAAGGGAAUGACUCUUGUUAUGUACUUUGAUAAAGAUGUUAUUCUAUGUCUGUCUAUCUCUAUAAUGUAAUCUCUCUCUCUCUCCCUCCUUCUUGUUCUCAUAGCCUACCCUGUCCUGCAGCAUUAGUUUUGUAUAUGGUUCAGACAGAGCAGUCACAGUAUCACUGUUUCCUCUGUCCUCGUCAAAUGACUUUAUUAUGAGAUCCCCUUUCCAUCCAUUUAACAUGACUUUAGUCAUUGCAGGUGUCUUCUCCAUGUGUACUGUGAACUUUCCUAGUUUUGUGAAUAACUCAGUGUAUAGUCAUAACUUAUUUAUUGUAAAGCAAUCAUAUUUUUUUAUGUAGAUAUUGUUUAUUAACUCACUUUUCUUUAUGAAAUCAGAAAUUCUCUGUCAGCAGUUGUGAAUCUGUUUUUUUAUAUUAAAGGACUUGUGGUACAGGUAA